AAUAUACAUUAAUAACUAUUAAUUUCUUCGUAGUAUCUAAAAUUGAUAAUUUACAACAUAAGAUAUAAAACUUUACACGCAUGUCGAGUCUAUGGUAUACAUACUUAAUGGUGGAAACGAGAAAUGUACAUACACUAUAUGUCUUUCCCGGAUAGGCUUGGACAGAACUUGCGGCCCAUCAUGUCUAAUCAACAAACAUAAACUCUGGACGUGGUUACGCGUGUUCACACGUGGUUCACAAGUGGGCGUAUUAACCGACGCAAUCCAUCAUAAGAAAGCGUUACAUCCGUGUCGAACGAGGAAUGUAGCGUUUAGGGUCAAUAUAUGUUGUUCGGUGGAUGCCAGUCCAGACUUGUCAACGUAUGUCGAAUAAGAUGCUAAGAUUUCUGUCACGGCGCAGGGCUCGUAGUGUCAGCGGGCAGACUACGUCGUCCCAAAUAAAGAAUCAACGAUUACUCAGCAAUAAGAACGUCGUUCAGUGUAGAGUCGUUCUCCUCGAUGGCACGGAUCUGCCGAUAGAGUUGUCAAAAAAAGCAUUGGCUAGUGACCUAUACGAACAAGUAUUUUAUAGCUUAGACUUAAUAGAGAAAGAUUAUUUUGGACUGCAAUAUACAGAUAGCAAUAAUGUUCAGCAUUGGCUGGAUCCUACUAAACCGAUAAAGAAACAAGUAAAAAUCGGACCACCAUAUACCUUAAGGCUCAAGGUAAAAUUCUACUCGUCGGAACCCAACACAUUGCGCGAAGAAUUAACAAGAUACCAGUUCUUCCUGCAAUUAAAGCAAGAUGUUUUAGAAGGAAAACUUCACUGCCCUCAUCAAGUUGCCGUACAGUUGGCAGCUUUAGCUCUUCAAUCUGAACUUGGUGAUUAUGACCCUGCUACGCACAGUGCAGCGACAGUGUCGGAAUUUAGAUUCGUGCCAGGACAGACAGAGCAAAUGGAGCUUGAAAUACUCGAGGAAUAUGCCAAGUGUUCCGGUCUUAGUCCAGCACAAGCUGAGUCGGCGUACCUCAGUAAAGCAAAGUGGUUGGACAUGUACGGCGUAGAUAUGCACACGGUUCUUGGUAAAGAUGCGUGCGAAUAUUCUUUGGGAUUGACGCCAACAGGAAUUCUGGUCUUUGAAGGCACGCAGAAAAUAGGUUUAUUCUUUUGGCCCAAGAUCGGUCGGUUAGAUUUUAAAAAGAAGAAACUGACAUUAGUUGUUGUAGAAGAAGAUGACGAAGGAAGAGGAGAGCAGGAACAUACGUUUGUGUUCAGGCUUGUUAAUGAAAAAGCUUGCAAACACUUGUGGAAAUGUGCCGUAGAGCAUCACGCUUUCUUUCGGUUACGCGCCCCUGUCAAGGGUGCCAGCGGACGUCAGAAUUUCUUUCGUAUGGGUUCGCGUUUCCGUUACAGCGGCAAAACUGAAUUUCAGACCACGCAGUUGAAUCGUGCACGUAGAACGGUGCAGUUUGAAAGACGGCCGAGUCAAAGAUACGCCCGUCGUCAGAGCCACGUUUUAAGAGAACGUCAACGUCAACAAGUGGAGCAACCGCAACCACCCGCUGUGGUUAAUAACGAAGAGGAGUCUUUGCAACGUCAACCGAGUCAAUGUAGCACGAAAUCGUCGGACUCCAGCGUACACGCUACGUCCUCACCAUUGGUUGAUUCCUUGUUAAAAUCACUGGCGAAAGAUCAACAACCUUUAGAGCCUAGAAACCAGACGGCAGUCGCUAACACCGAGAAGGAAACAGAACCGGUGAAAACGAGUUUAAUCAUCGAAAAUAUGACCAAUCAAACGUCGUUAGUGCCAAAUAAUCAAGUUGGCGGUACUUCCUCACUGCCACCGCGUACGCCUAUCCCCCCGGAAUCGUUGAAGUGCAAUAUACUAAAAGCUAAGUCUCUUGAACAAGGGAAGAACUCAAAUUUGGUUUCGAUCACUUCUAUGGAUGCAUCUUCGAUUAUCGCGAAGAACAAUCAGCCUUCUGACGCGGCAACAAUCGUAUCAGUGGGCGGGGACAAGUUGACAUUGUCAGUGAGCGGGGCCAUGAUGAUGAACCCAUCUGCAGAGGACAACGUGACCGUGACGCACUUUUCUUUGGAUAGCUGGGGACAAAUCGAGCAAAAAACGACGCAGCUAAAUCCUAAAGUUUCAAAUCAGUCACAGAAUCCAUUCAAUCCUUUUACAAGCGACAAUAACAAUGAAGUCACCACCGUUUCUGAUAAUACCGAGGAUACGAAAACGGAGGAGGAAAAGAAAGCGAAUACAAACCCGUUCAUAGAUUCGAAUCCGUUCUUGGGCUUGCUUUCCAAUCCCUUUAAAGAGAUACAACCAAUCGUCGAGAAGAAAGCUGAAGUGGAAACAGAGAAAAACGGAGCGAGAGUCGUGAAAACUGAAGAGAUACAAACAACUACUACGACUCUUACUCACAAGGAUGAUAAUUCGGCCGUUUCCGAUAUCAGCCCUUGGUUAGUAGCCGAUCCAUCACAAACAACAACGACAGAUCAAACCCCAAUUAAACAUACAGUGAUUACGAGGAAGACUGUAAUUACGACACAACUUUAAAGUAUUAAUUCAUCGAAACAUUCGAAAGUAAAAUUCGAAAAUAAUGAUUCCUAAACAGAAAUGUUGAUUAAAUUUGAUCUUCCUUGCGAUAUAUACUGACUUACUUAAAGUGCCUAUAGGAGUACAAUAUUGUCUUAAGUAGGAAAAGAAGUUAUAUAGCAAAAUGAAAGUAUAAUUUUUUAAAUAUUAUAUAUAUAUAUAUAUAUAUCACUGGGACCAAUUAGCAAUUAUUAAUUUUUUGCAAAUUAUAUGAAUAAUUUGCACUCAUGUAAGUAAUCAAUUUUAUUUAACUUUAAUUCAUUUUGAUCUGUGGAUUCUUCACGCGGCGAAGAAACAUAUAAAUUGUAUAAAAAAAAUUUCUAAUUGAGAAUGAUUACUUCUUUUACGUGGCAUAAUUUAUGUAUACGAAGCUGUCGAUUGUGCAGGAAAUUUUUCCUCAACACGUAUAAUAUACCAUUUGGUAAUUGCAUUAGUAUUUAAUGCCGUAAAAAUUAUAUAUUAAUACAGUAGAAACAAUACAGUCAAAUCAUACAUAGAUAUAAGUACAGUACUUAUAAAAAUGUUACUCUAUGUUUUUAUGCCUGCUUUUUAUCAGUAAUUACUUUAAUUUAACGUAUUAUCAAUUCAGUUCUGCCAUUCAAAUUAUAUGUGUUCUGUAUUUAUUGCUAUAACAUAGUCAAUUUUAACAGAGUUAAGUGCCCUUGUAUCUUAUUAUAGUAUAAUAAGAAUACACACGUACAUUAGAAGAAAAUAAUGUAUGGUGCUCUUCCUAAAAAUUAAAUUUAUCGAACUAACUUAUUCGUCAUCUAAUUGUAUUUAUGUCUAAUUGGGGGCAUUUCGUUACUUAGAGUUCAGGUGCCCAGAUGUUUUAAUUACAGACGCGUUUAAACAUCUGUUAGACAUUUUCUACUUGUCACAGUGCCUUUGAUAACAGGAAAAAAGGAAGACGUCUUUAUUGAAAUUUUAUGCUCAUUCCUAUCGGCGAUUCAUUGUUGAAAAUACCUUUAUUCACGAACAUAUGUACAUUAUUAUAGAUGUAAUUAUUUUAUAGGAGAUUAUCUUCUUUUUUCUUUUAUUUAUCAUCCUAUAAUUUUAUAAAAAAUUACGAGCAAACAUUAAUACAUUUCACUCUCCAUAGAAAAGAUUUACAAUUUGUAUCAAUGUAUUUAUAUUCUAUUUUUUAUCAUGUCAUAAAUAUAUUGAACCGCCAAAAUACUUCUUUCCUCUUAUAGUUUUAUUGUAUUUGUAAUUGUAAUAUGUGUAACUAACAUAUCAGUAUUUUAUGAGAACUGCUUCUUUUUAAAUACAAUGAACUAAAAAUAUUGUAACUCGGAGGAAGAAAAUCUGUGGUGUAAAAAUAUGGAGCGAGAAAACCACUCUACGGAUCAGGUUGUUAGUAGAUAUUAUUUCAUACAUACCGAGAUCUGAUAGUUACGAUGGUUUUAUUAUGUGUAACGUAUUUAUAUAUGAAACGUUAUGUUUGUGAGAACAAAAGUUAUGAAAAAAUAGGAUUUAUUUUGAAUUACGCAAAAGGCUGUUAAAGUACUUAUUGUAUUCCACAUGUGAGCAUUUAUAAAAGUAGAAUAAGGCGUUGUUCGAUGUUCUAUGUAUCUAAAUAUACUAAAUAUAUUUAAUAGUAGUAAGCAAAGUACAUAUAAUACUAUUAUUUGAAAAUCUUAUAUAUAUAUAUAUAUAUAUUGUGUUUACAACGCUGCUAUCAACCAAUACCCUAAUGUAUUCCGUCCUAAAGUAUUAUAUAUAUAUACAUACACUGUUAUAUACAUAUGUAUAAUUUUUUGCUUUGUAAUAAAAAAGUAUUAUUAAAAAGUCAUGUUGAAAAUU